AUGGAGCUGAAGAAAUGUUGCAAUCACUGUUACCUGAUCAAACCUCCAGAAGAGAAUGAGAAGGAAAACAACCAGGAGAGGCUGCAGGUGGGUAGACCUUGGGGGAAGACUUCUGGUUUGCUUUGGAAAUCCCCUGACCUCUUCACUUAUUGUUUUCUGCAGCGCCUGGACGGUUCCAUCAAAGGAGAAAUCCGGAAGCAGGCCCUGGAUCAUUUCAACGCUGAAGGCUCGGAGGACUUCUGCUUUCUACUCUCCACGCGUGCUGGCGGCCUGGGGAUCAACUUGGCCUCGGCUGACACGGUGGUGAUUUUCGAUUCGGACUGGAACCCCCAGAAUGACCUGCAGGCUCAGGCUCGUGCUCAUCGGAUUGGGCAAAAGAAACAAGUAAAUAUCUAUCGCUUGGUUACAAAGGGAACAGUGGAAGAGGAGAUUAUAGAAAGAGCAAAGAAGAAAAUGGUGCUGGACCAUCUUGUGAUACAGCGAAUGGACACCACAGGCCGGACAGUUUUGGACAACAGCUCUGAUAGAUCCAAGACAAACCCAUUCAACAAGGAGGAACUGACCGCCAUCUUGAAAUUUGGAGCCGAAGAGCUUUUUAAAGAACCCGAAGGGGAAGAAUCUGAACCACAAGAAAUGGACAUUGAGGAAAUCUUACGCCUGGCUGAGACGCGAGAGAAUGAACCAUCCACAAGUGCAACAGACGAACUGCUCUCACAAUUUAAGGUAGCAAACUUUGCUACAACAGAAGAGGAAGAAGCCGAGGCGGAAGAGAAAUCUCAGAAGGAGUGGGAAUACAUCAUUCCUGAGGAACAAAGGAAGAAAGUGGAAGAAGAGGAGCGGCAGAAAGAACUCGAGGAGAUAUACAUGCUGCCCAGGAUUCGCAGCUCAGCCAAAAAGGCUCAGGCCAAUGACAGCGAAUCAGAUGUUGAAAUAAAGAGGAAGCUCCAGAGGUCUUCGGGCUCAGAUACCGAGACAGAGGACUCUGAUGAUGACAAAAGGCCCAAACGCAGAGGACGGCCUCGCAGUGUUCGGAAGGACACAGUGGAAGGCUUUACAGACCCUGAAAUCAGAAGAUUUAUCAAGGCAUACAAGAAGUUUGGCGUUCCUUUGGAGCGACUGGAAUGCCUCGCUCGGGAUGCUGAACUGGUAGAGAAAUCGAUAGCUGAUCUGAAACGUUUGGCAGAACUUCUCCAUAACAGUUGUGCUUCAGCCAUGCAGGAGUAUGAAGAGCAUCUGAAGGAGAACCCAACUGAAAGUAAAGGACCAGGGAAGAGAAAGGGGCCCACAAUUAAGAUCUCUGGAGUCCAGGUGAACGUGAAAGCAAUUAUUCAACAUGAGGAGGAGUUUGCGAUGCUCCAUCAGACCAUUCCCAGUGACCCAGUGGAGAGGGCAAGGUUUCGUCUGAACUCCCGUGUCAAAUCUGCCCAUUUUGAUGUAGACUGGGGAGUGGAAGAGGACUCUUCCUUGCUGCGGGGGAUUUAUGAGCACGGAUGUGGGAACUGGGAGCUCAUCAAGUCAGACCCAGAACUGAACCUCACUGAAAAGAUUUUACCAGUUGAGACAGAUAAAAAGCCACAGGGGAAGCAGCUCCAGGCGCGAGUAGAUUAUCUGAUGAAGCUUAUCAAAAGAGACAUGAAGAGGAAGGAGAACCCGAACAAGACAGAGGAGGAGGAUGGGGUAAAUAAGAAUGCCCCGAAAAUGAAGGAGAAGAAGCAGCCAGGCCAAAGUCAUGGAAAUAAGCAUAAGCCGGGCCAAAGCCAUGAAAAAAAGGUUAAGAAGUCAGACAGACGCCCUGAAAUCAAAGCUCAGCACUUACCCAAAACCCAAGAAGGCAAAGCUCAGCAAUUAACCAAAAGCCCAGAAACUGAAGUUCAGCCCUUAGCCAAAAUCCAAGAGAGCAAAGCUCAGCCAUUAGCCAAAAUCCAAGAAAUCAAACGUCAGCAGUUAACCAAAAUCCAAGAAAGCAAAGCUCAGCAGUUAACCAAAAGCCCAGAAAUCAAAGUUGAGCGCUUAGCCAAAAUCCAAGAAAUCAAAGCUCACUGCUUAACCCAAAGCCAAGAAAAGAAGGCUAAUCAGCCAGUCAAAAUCCAAGAAAGCAAAGCUCAGCAGUUAAACAAAAGCUCAGAAAUCAAAGCUCAGCCUUUAGCCAAAAUCCAAGAGAGCAAAAUUCAGCCCUUAGCCAAAAGCCAAGAAAGCAAACCCCAGCAGCUAAUGAAAAGCCAAGAAAUCAAAGCUCAACGCAUAGCCCAAACCAGAGAAAUCAAAACUCAAUGCUUAGCUCAAAACCAAGAAAAGAAGGCUAAUCUGCCAGUCAAAAUCCAAGAAAGCAAAUCUCAGCAGUUAACCAAAAUCCAAGAGCUCAAACCUCAGCAGUUAACCAAAAUCCCAGAAUGCAAAGCUCAAUCCUUAGCCAAAAUCCAAGAAAGCAAAGCUAAGCAGCCACCCAAAAUCAAAGAAAGCAAACCUCGACAGUUUACCAAAAUCCAAGAAAGCAAAGCUAAGCAGCCAGUCAAAAUCCAAGAAAGCAAAGCUAAGCAGCCAGUCAAAAUCCAAGAAAGCAAAGCUCAGCAGUUAACCAAAAGCCCAGAAAACAAAGCUCAGAACAUAGCCAAAAUUCAAAAACUCAAAGCUCAGCAGUUAACCAAAAGCCAAGAAAUCAAAGCUGAGCAGUUAGCCCAAAGCCAGAAAAAUAAGGCUAAGCAAUUAGCCCAAAGCCACAAAAAGAAGGAUAAGCAAUUAGCCCAAAGCCACGAGAACAAAGCUGAGCAAUUAACCAAAGGCCAAGAAAUGAAAGCUCAGCGCUCAGCCAAAACCCAAGAAAACAAAGCUCAGCAAUUAACCCAAAUCCAAGAAAUUAAAGAUCGGCGCUUAGCCAAAAUCCAAGAAAGCAAAGUUCAGCACUUAGCCCAAAGCAAAGAAAACAAAGCUCAGCAGUCAGCCAAAAACCAAGAACAGGAAGAAAGACAGGAUGAAAUGGAACAGAACAAAGGUGUUGAGGCCACACUGGUCCCCCUCGAAGAAGUGAGAGAGGAUGAAUUGGACCAGGCAACUUUCAAAAUUGAGGGUUAUGAGAUAUCUGCGGUGGCGGCUCGGAGUCUGGAUGCGGUCGGGUGCUGGUCACUUUUGCAGAUGUGA